AUGGCAAAUUCUGCCUUUGACAACAAAAGAAGUUUUCAAGCGAAGCAUGUCAUCUUUGUCUGUUACUUGUUACGACUAAUCACUGGUUUACUAAGCAGCCUGUUGGAGGCUAGUUAUGGUCAAGUAGAUCUGAAAUAUUUAGGAGUUAAGACAAUUCGCCGCUUAGAUGGUUGUCUUUGA